CACCAUCGUCACCAUCCUCACCAUCGUCACCAUCGUCACCAUCGUCACCAUCGUCACCAACGUCACCAUCGUCACCAUCGUCACCAUCGUCUACAUCUACAUCCUCCUCGUCGUCGUCGCCCUCAUCUCCAGCGGUGCCAGGCCCCACGGCUUUUGGGCCACCGGCGCGAGCCGGCGGGACGCACGGCGCGGCCCCCCACGGCGCGGCCCCCCACGGCACGGCCCCCCACGGCGCGGCCCCCCACGGCACGGCCCCCCACGGCAAGGACCCCCACGGCACGGGACGAGCGAACGCCACGGCUGCCCCGACGGGAGCGACACCGUCGCCAAGCGAGGUGGCAGCCCGACCGACCGGCCCGACCGCGAUGACCGGGGCGGCCGUCACCACCGAGUCGAGCGAGCGGAUGACGACCGGCAGUGGAGGCGGUGGUGGCCGUGGCGUUGGUGGCGGUGGCGUUGGUGGCGGCGGUGGCGUUGGUGGUGGCGGUGGCGUUGGUGGCGGCGGUGGCGCAGUUGCGGUGGCGGUGACACCGGUGCAACGCCGCGCCGGGCCUCAGGGAGGGACCGAUCCGACGGUGGCCACCAGGGUGGACACAGGGGGCCAGGUCACGAAGGAGGAGGCGGAGGAGAGGAACCCCCACCUGCACUUUGUCCGAAUCGAGUGGGGCAAGGAGAUCUUCCUCAUCCCUGGACUCCCCGGUCCCCGCGGCGACCCGGGCUUUCAGGGACCCCGAGGAUUUCCUGGAAUAAAAGGUGAAAAGGGGGACACUGGGUCUCUAGGCCGGGCUGGUGUUGGGGGGAAUCCUGGCCCUCCUGGGCCCCCCGGCCUUCCGUCCAUCAUCGUUGUCCACCGGGAGCCGGGUGACGACUGGAGUUCCAUCAAGCAAAGCAAGUUUUACAAGACGCUCAUUGACAAUUGGCCGAGACAUCAGGGCCCUACGGGCCCCAUGGGGAGGACAGGGGACCCAGGCCCCAGGGGACCGCCAGGAAUUCCGGGAAACGACGGAGAGAAAGGGGAGCGAGGCAGGCCGGGGGAGUCGGGCCUACCAGGCCUCACCGGGCCUGCAGGCCGGCCCGCGCCCGACGGUAUCCAAGGCGACGAUGGCGAGCAAGGACCCCUGGGCCCGCCCGGAGAGCCCGGACCGCAGGGAGACAAAGGAGAGAGAGGGCCACCCGGAGAGAAGGGAGACCAGGGUUACCGUGGUGAUGUUGGUGAUAUCGGCCCAAAGGGCGAACGAGGACCCAAGGGAGAGAAGGGCGACCCCGGGCUGCCGGGAGCUCUGGGAGCCAUGGGCCCUCCCGGCGUCAAAGGAGUCGCUGGGCCGGCCGGUGCCACAGGGCUCCCCGGGGAUUACGGAUUCGUGGGUUUGCAGGGUCCCUCCGGAGUUGAGGGCAUGAUGGGGCACCCCGGUCCAGCCGGGGACCCCGGGGUCAACGGCUCCCAGGGAGACAGGGGCAGCCCUGGGCCUCAAGGACCCAAAGGACCCCAGGGUCCGCUAGGAAUUAUGGGAGAAAUGGGGCCACGUGGGGCAACAGGGAAACAGGGCAGGGGCGGCAGCGAUGGCCCGCCUGGUCUCAAAGCGGACGAGGGCCCGCCCGGGGUCAUGGGAGAGCGAGGCGAGGAUGGCGCUGAGGGCUACAAGGGCGUGUCCGGCUUGUCCGGCGCCACCGGGCCGCGUGGCGACAAGGGCCUCAAGGAAAGGAGCGGACACCGUGGUGACGUGGGAGAGAAAGGCGAUCGGGGUGUCCCUGGCUGGAGGGGCCCCAAGGGAUUCUCCGGCUUCCGGGGUCCGGCCGGCCACCAGGGAUUCCCGGGGUCCAAGGGGAGGUCGGGCCCAGUGGGCUCCACGGGGCUGGAGGGACCCAUGGGUGUGCAGGGAAAAAAGGGGAAAUUGGGCCCCAAGGGCGACCAGGGCGUGAUUGGCUCAAAGGGCAUCUCAGGAUCUCGAGGCGUCCGUGGACGGACCGGCCAACGUGGCCUCGUCGGCUUCCCGGGGGCUCCGGGCGAGAAGGGCACGGGCGGGAGGGAGGGAGCGGAAGGAAAACCGGGUACCCAGGUUCCCAUGCACCCAUCCUGCUGCCACGCGGCACUCACACGGCAGACACCGCACUCACACCGUGUGUACACUCACACGGCAGACACCACACUCACACCGUGUACACACUCACAUGGCAGACACCACACUCACACCGUGUAUACACUCACACCAUGUGGAGCGCCCGGAGUGACGGGGAACGCGGGGAGGAGGGGGUUCAGGGGCUUCAGAGGCCUACCGGGACUCAGGGGGGUGGAUGGUCCCCUGGGGCCAACGGGACCUCGCGGUUUACCGGGAACCGCCGGCAACGCGGGCAACCCGGGGGAGAAGGGCCUCCCAGGAAAGCCAGGACUGCCCGGCAUACAAGGCCCCGUCGGCACCUAUGGAUCUCCAGGCAGCAGUGGAGAGGGAGGCGUCACUGGUUCCCCAGGGCCAAAGGGCGAGGUGGGGAAGCAGGGAGCUCCGGGGAAAUCGGGACAACCUGGACUUAAGGGACCCCGAGGGAACCCUGGAAACUCCGGGAAGCCAGGUCCCCAGGGGAAGCAAGGGCAGCCUGGAGCCAAGGGCUUUCAAGGGCAGCCGGGGCUCUCUGCAAAACCCGGAGUGGAUGGUGAGACGGGGAAACCAGGCCCGCCCGGGAGCCUCGGCCCCACAGGCCCGAGAGGCCCUUCCGGGCCGCUGGGCCUACAGGGUGAACAAGGUGACCCCGGUCUGGACGGCCAACCUGGAGACAAGGGAGAUGUGGGAGGACGGGGCCCCCCCGGGGAUCCAGGAGUGGCCGGGCUCGACGGGGAGCAGGGCCUUCCCGGUGGAGAUGGGGUGAAAGGAGAGACGGGAUCUAAAGGACCUCUGGGAGACAAGGGGGAGCGCGGGAGCCGGGGCCCGCCGGCUCCCAAAGGGGACGGCGGAGAGCAGGGGAGGGUGGGCCCACAGGGGACGUCGGGAGCCCCAGGGAGAGAGGGCGCGAGCGGACCGGGAGGCCAACCUGGACCCCAGGGUCCACGUGGAGAGAAGGGUCCGCCCGGGCAGAUUGGCCCUCCGGGCUCUGUUGGCCACAUGGGAACGAUGGGAAGCCCGGGGGAGACUGGUCCCAAGGGCGAGAAAGGCAACCGGGGAUUGCUGGGUCAGCCUGGACUGCAGGGGUCAAGCGGAGCAAGCGGACCCCUGGGGCUCCCCGGCCCCCUUGGUGAGCGAGGCUCGGAGGGGAAGGAGGGAAACACGGGAGACAAGGGCGACGUGGGGCCAGACGGAACCUCGGGACCGACUGGAGCCGCCGGACUCUCGGGCACACGUGGCGUGCGUGGAGACAACGGCGAGCCUGGGAGAGGAGGAGCCCGCGGAUCGCUCGGAGGGCUAGGGGCCGCCGGAGCGGAUGGCCCCAAGGGGGAUGUGGGCCCUCGGGGACCCAAGGGGGACGCGGGAGCCAAGGGGAAGCCAGGGCCCCCGGGGGUUGAAGGCCCUGCUGGUCCGCCUGGCCCACGGGGACCUCCUGGCAUCCCAGGAGCUGAGGGCUCACCAGGACCCCAGGGGCAGAAGGGGGAGGCGGGGAGAGACGGCGUGCCGGGGCCCCGUGGCCCGCUGGGUAGCGACGGGUGGGACGGAUUCAAGGGAGACAAGGGGGACACGGGGAUCGACGGAGACCCGGGCACGCGGGGCCCACACGGCAUCGUGGGAGAAGAGGGCAAGCCGGGCAUCGAAGGGAACCGCGGAGAGCCCGGUGUGAAGGGGAAACCUGGAGCCCAAGGCCCUCGUGGGAUUCCAGGCCCUGUGGGUCCCCCGGGCAUCCCGGGUCUGAGGGGAGAGAAGGGGAAAUCGGGAAGCAAAGGAGAGAAGGGCGAAACCGGAGAGAAAGGAGAGCCUGGGGAACCGGGAGAAGCGGGAAUCAAGGGUCUCACGGGGACACUGGGGAAGAAGGGGACGCUGGGACCCAAAGGCAUCCAGGGUCUGAGGGGCGUCUCUGGACCCCCUGGACUUUUGGGACCCCCAGGAAUGCCGGGACUGUUUGGAAUGAAGGGAGAAAAGGGAAUCAAGGGAGAGAGCGGACGCAAGGGAUCGCCCGGCCCCCCGGGCCGGCCUGGGCCUCCCGGCCCACCGGGCCCCAGCGCGGUCGCCACCGGAGCGGCCCUCGUCAGGAUGCUCUCUGCGGGCUCCGUGGCCUCGGGGCUCGAGUCCACGACGACGCGGGGGCCCCCCUCUCCCCGCACGGCCGGGCCCCCCAACACGCGCGCCGUCGCCAACGACGCGGACUCCGCGCUGGCGCCGCUGCUGGCGAGGCUUCGCGCCCUGGGGAGCCGGGCGGAGCUGGCGCUGGGCGAGCUGCAGGGCACGCGCCAGCGCCCCGCCACCACCUGCCGGGACCUCGGGCUCUGCCGGCCCGGGCUCAACGACGGGUUCUACUACAUUGACCCCAACCAGGGCUGCCCCCACGAUGCCCUGCGCGCCUUCUGCAACUUCACCGCCGGCGGGGCCACCUGCAUCUCCCCGGUCACCGCCUCCCUCAAGGUGCUGCCGGUGACUCCAGAUGCGGGAGCGGGAAACGGUUCCGACACGUGGCUCCAUGGCACUGCGCUACAGGAACAGGCGGUCUACGAGGGUCUGCACACGGUGCAGCUGAAGUUCCUGCGGCUGCACAGCACGGGGGCGAGGCAGGCCGCGACGGUGCCGUGCGCGAGGACGGCGGCGGAGUCGUCGGCCUGGCGCGUCUCCCUGCUCUCCGACAGCGGGCUGGCGCUCACGCACGGCCACCCCGACGUGUCGCUGCCCCACGCGCCCUGCCAGGGCCAGGGCGAGGAGUUCCAGGUGGAGGUGCGCACCGACAACCUCGAGCUGCUGCCCCUCCGGGACGCGGCCGUGACGGCGCCGGACGGCGGCCGGCGGGACGAGCGCCCGGCCACGCUGGGGCCCGUGUGCUUCCUCUGACAGCGGCCACGACGCACGCCCACUCCCUCCGUGCACCUCCACUCCCUCCCUGUACCCCCACUCCCUCCCUGUACCCCCCACUCCCUCCCUGU